AUGCCAUACUGUCUUUCUCGGUUAUUUCUCUCUUUUUAUCUGCUUAUUAGCACCGUGACCCUGGUAGUUUCUGCUCAACAGCAGGUCGUCCUUGGGAGUACCAGUCCAGAUAUCGUCUACCUUCCUUCACUAUGCAAUGUUUCAAAUAUGGGAUGCUUUAGUGCAUGGCAGCAAAUAUACAUUGACUGUCCUAGCAUUAACGGAACACCGGUGAUCGUUACUAGUACAACGGGCCCAAUACCACAAACCGGGAACAUCGUACCCCAGUUGUUUUUGACCUUUAGAGCAUCGACGCUAUAUCUGCGCACAUCUCCCUUUUCCAACGCGACCGUCAAUUUUUCCAUAACCGCUGAUCCGAGCGGCGUCACAAUUACAAAACAGGUCAAUACUAACAUCAGCCUUAUCAUCGCCGAUAACCUGCCCGAGUCACAGACGACAACAUUAGGCGUCACAUUCCUCCAAGGGCUUUCUCCCACCCGUUUCGAUAUCGAGUCAAUCACGCUCAACGUCACGAACAGCAGUGCGACCUCCUCUUAUCUCCCAACACCAACAUUGCCCAUAUCGAGUUUCCCUGCGAGCCUUUUGCCCUCCUCGACGAGCGCAGUAAUUUCGAAUACCAGCCAGCGAACAGGCGUCAUCAUCGGUGCGACUUUGGGCGGGGUGCUCGGCUCUUUGGCCAUAUCGAUAGCAGGGUUUUUUAUUUAUCGGAGGUGGCGAAGGCGACGAAUAUGGCGGUCAGAGGUAGAUGUAGGAAUAUAUCCGAUGAGACGACGGACUCGGUGA